CAAGCACGAUCACGUCACAUGCACGUCACAUGUUAUUCGUAAUCGCGCUCGUGUCGUUGUGGGUUGAAUUUGCGCGGUUUUUCACCAUGUGAAAUGGUGCGAGCGAGAGGCUCUAUAUAAUCUCGAGCAUUCUUGAGUGGCUUUGAGUUACAGAUACAGUAAGACAAGUAAUUUUUGGUUCGUUUAAGACACGCUUCUCCACAAACAUGGCCAAGAGAAAGAGUUUGAUUCGAAAGCGGGGCUCCAGCCGAAGAAGCUCCACCGGUUCCGGAUUUCUCGACCCUGACACAAACAUCGUCGGUGAAGAACGAAACUUUUGGUGGGACGACUUGCAGGAAGACACGCCACGGCAUUCCAUGAUUUUCGGUGUAAACGAGACGGACAGGCAGCUGAGCACCGGCUCGAGGCUGGUACUUUCUGAUUCGAGUUCGCGGGAAUGGUGGAAGAACUUGUCCCCUGAGAGCGAGCAAACUGCUUCACCCAACCCGAGAUUGAAACGCAAUCUCAGUGCAGAGAUAGUUAAAAAAGGUGUAAUCAAAACUUCGACGUCCGAGUCGGAAAAAGAGGUCUCCAUAAAAAAGCGUAAGGUUCAACUGAAAAUGAAUAGUAGGAAGAGUACUGGCAAUGCCUUUUCGACAGCUUUGAACGAUACCGACGUAACAAUUCCAAAUUCACGGAAGAAACGAGCGAACCAUUCUGACUCCCACAGCAACAGAGAAGUCUUACAGGAGAAAUUGCAGGAGGACGAAGAGGACAAUAAUUUGAGUUUGACUGGGCACGUUUUAAAAUCAAAGCCAAGUAUUUCUCGCAGGAGGAGAGGUGACAGUACAAAAGAUCAGAAUCCCUUUCAGGAUGUACUGACUCAAGAUAGUGCUUUGAGUCACAGCGCCACAAGGAAAUCGGUCGCGCUCGAGAAGGAAUCCUCGAGGCAUUCGAUACACCAAAAUAUUAAUGCAAGUAAAGAUCUGACUGACGAUCGAAGUAAAGAGGUCUCCAUAAAAAAGCGUAAGGUUCAACUGAAAAUGAAUAGUAGGAAGAGUACUGGCAAUGCCUUUUCGACAGCUUUGAACGAUACCGACGUAACAAUUCCAAAUUCACGGAAGAAACGAGCGAACCAUUCUGACUCCCACAGCAACAGAGAAGUCUUGCAGGAGAAAUUGCAGGAGGACGAAGAGGACAAUAAUUUGAGUUUGACUGGGCACGUUUUAAAAUCAAAGCCAAGUAUUUCUCGCAGGAGGAGAGGUGACAGUACAAAAGAUCAGAAUCCCUUUCAGGAUGUACUGUCUCAAGAUAGUGCUUUGAGUCACAGCGCCACAAGGAAAUCGGUCGCGCUUGAGAAGGAAUCGUCGAGGCAUUCGAUACACCGAAAUAUUAAUGCAAGUAAAGAUCUGACUGACGAUCGAAGUAAAUUGGUGAGAACGCUUCAAGCAACGCCAGAGAAGGGUGAUUCCUCGAAUUUAUUAACUUCGAACGUCGAGAACGCGGCGCUUGAAAGUAACGCUGAAGAGAUUGAUCAGAGCAGCGAUGAAAGCGAAAAAUAUGAGAAACUUAAAUCCCGUUUUAUGCAGCGCGCGCGGAAGAGCAUAGGAAGAAAUGCCUUUGCAGAUGCUUUAGUUGACGCAAAUGUAUCUACCUUUGAUCCGAAUAGGGAAAACGAUGUGCAAAAGUCUCCAUUAAUGCAACAAGCUUCGCCCUUGUCAAGAAGAGCUGUCAGCAGAUCUAAGACUAAGAUCGACGCAGCGCACGAAAAUUCACCGAUUCGUAAAAGUCCAAGAGUGUCUCAAAGUACGACUAAGAAGCAAUCAUUAAACGUACCAUCCCAAGCCAAAGAUAUAACUGAAGCAACAUCAAGCAGUACGUUGAUGUCAGAUAAUGAUGAAUUCCGCAGGAAGAAGUCUGUAUUUUUAAAGCCAAAAUCAAGAAUAAUUACAAGUUCAACAAGUUCCAACGAUAAAGUUCUCGCGAUAACAUCAAGCGACGACGAACAUGUAUCUAAGAGAUUUCAUGUGUCUUCGAAACAUAAAAGUAAGCUAAAUUCACCCAAGACACGAGAAACAUCGAUAAGAAAGAUCGAUGAUUUUUUCAAAGUAAAGCGAGCUUCGACAAGGAUGAAUAAAUCAAAUGAAUGCACGUUGCAGUCGCAAAUCUUUAAUGAGAAGAUGGAGAAGGUCAAGGCGAAGUUGGAAAUAAUAAAGAAUCGCGAGAUGGCUGCAAUGAAAAUCGCCAAAGAGUCAGCGUUAAAGGCGCAGCAUGCGAAAUCUGUUGCGCUCAGACAAGCUGUGAAGAAGCCGCCCGCGAAACCUACGAAAGCAGUGCACAAGGCAUUCCUAGUAAAUGGCAAGCCGUAUAAAGUACCGAAGCUUCCUCGUCCGAAGUAUUGGGCCACAGAUCGUCUUUAUAGAUUCCUGUGGCGGCGUAUGGAGCCGAAGUACAAAUUGGCGACGAGGGUCAAGUCCGAGAAAUUCGUACAACAAUUAGCAGAGAUAGUCUCUGUUAUUGAGCGCCGUAAGAAAUAUGAAAAUUAUGAGGUCGAAUUGGAGGCUCUGUUGAAAGAAAUGAGUCGCUUGAAUAUUAUUACUACUCGUAGUGAUUUUCAUCAUUUCUGUCAGGACUUUAUGCCAUACGAGUUUCGCGUUAAAGUCGUGCCUAUGAUACUGCCUGGUAAUAAAAUGAAUAUACCUUUCGAUCCAGAAAAACUACACGUUCCUAUACUCGGUACCGAAUGAUUAACGCAAUUGAACAUAUGAAAACAAAGCAAAUGCGAUAGAAUAUUUUGACUACUCUUUCAGCUAUGUUUUCAAUUGUCGUUACACAUAUAUAACACGUUAUGAAUUUCUCUAUGAAAACUUAUAUUUAUAAUGUUAGCAAACGUAUGAUAGAUAAUGUAUUUUUGAUAAAUGCGAGUUAAAAGAAAUAUGUUUUCAAUUGUCGUUACACAUAUAUAACACGUUUGAUGGAUAAUGUAUUUUUGAUAAAUGCGAGUUAAAAGAAAUAUGGGAGGUAUUGUUUACUACAUACUUUAUAAAAAAUGGAACAUUGCACAUACCGAUAAGUAUAGUGUUAUAUAUAAACUUGUAAAAGGAAAAUGUUUUUCAGAUAUUAAAAUAUUACAAUUUGGAAAAUUUCAAGAAUUAAUCUCUAUUUCACUUUUUUUAUAAGCAUUUAACGAAACUGAAGUAAUCGAGGAUCGGAGACAGAUAUUUGUACGACUACGUGUAAAAAAAAUAUGGUAAUUGUUAAGAAUAGCUACCUCACAUUCCAUUCGUGAAAUGUCACGCAAAUAGCUACCGCAUCAGUAGCCUAAUGCACUCGAAGAAUUCAUCGUUUCUCAGGAAUUUCCGUAUGUCCCGUCGUACAAGCUUGACCUAGUGCACUGGAUAUCAAUCGGCCACAAAUUUCUUUCGUUCUGCAUUACAUCCAAGACAUAAAAAUUACAUUAACACGUUAAAACUUGAGCGCAAAGUUGCAAUUUAUGUUUUAACAUAUACCUACAUUUUGCAAAAUGUUAUAGGACGAGUUAUUCUUCUUACGACAGGGAUUUGAUAUAAAAUAGGACGGGGAUGAGCGGGAGCGCAAAGAGAAAAUGUCGACAUGCGUAGAAAGACAUUGCUCAUUAUUGUUUUGUCAUUAGAAACAUUAUCUGAUUAAACUUACACAGUAACUUACACGCAUAGAUGUACAUACAUAUGUAUACAAUGAUGAGAGUAUAUGUGUUGUACCUAUAUUUAAAAUCGCAACAACCAUUAUGCUAUUUCACAUUGCGAUAAAUUUCAAGUGCAGCGUCUACUUCGUAUCGUUAUUAAUAAAAUCUUCGACGGGUGAAAAACGCUUUUAUUUAUAAUUUACGUAUUAAAGUGCGCAGUCAGUUUAUGGACGUGAAAGUGAAAAAUCUUCUUGGAAAUGUGAAAUACAACGUGUGAAAAAGUA